AUUGACAUUUCAAGCGAUUUGCAUAUAUAUAGGGACUCGAUCCUUAUUGCAUCGAUGUAUUAUACAGAAAACAUCCACACAUUAACAAAACGCGUGGUCGUAACGUUUAUAUUGUAAAACGGAAAAUACCCGUUUGAAUGUUCUUAAAAAAUGUAAGAGAGUACAAAGGAACACAAACGUUAUAUCGAUAAAAAUCGUAUAUAUUGGGACGUAAGUUACACAAAAUUAUUUGUUGUUCCCCCAUAUUGUUUUAAUUUUAAAACGAAACCCUUUUAUAAUGUUUCUCCAGAAACGUUAACUGAUAACCGGCCAAAGACGGCUUACAAGACCGGACUGACCUGAAUCGAUACAACAACAACAACAACAAGAACAAUAACAACAAUAAUCUGGACGUAUUUCCUGUUUUCGCAAAUAAUGAUAAUUUAAAUAUUCAUUGCAAAAUAAUUUAGCCAGCUAUGUUUUCGAAGUUCACGAGUAUUAUACAACAUGCGGUUGAUGCGCUGGCUCCCCAUCUGUCCAUGCAGGAAGAGUUUGUGUACCACUGGAAGGCCAUCACCUCCUUCUUCAUUGACAACAAAGGAGAGAAGAUGCCAGUGGAGCAGACAAACCUCGCCCCUCACCUGGAGCAGAUGUUGUUGUUGUUGCGUAGAGAGGAGGAGGAAGGGGGUGAUGGGGGCAUGUAUGGGCCAUGCCUUGAGUACCUCAUACAGCAUCGACUCCUUGACACACUCUUCUCCCUUGCGCGAACUGACUAUCCAGCUGGCAUGAAGCCCACAGUUCUCUCUUUCUUCACACGACUGCUGUCAAGGAUACAUCAGCCACUCCUGGCCCAUGUGAACGUCUACAGGCCUGUUCAGAGGCUGAUCAAGGCGUGUGGAGAGGUGAGGGCAGGCCCCACAGAGAUUGAGGAGAUCCAGUUCCUGUGCACCGUGUGUGCCAAGGUCAAGACUGACCCCUACCUCGUCAACUUCUUUCUAGAGGCUCCCAAAGCCCCUUCAGGGACUGAUCUGCCCAAGUCCCACCCUGUCACACAGGAGCCUCCCUCGGACAACAAGUUACACCAGGACUUCCAUCUGGUGAAGACACUGCUGAACCUGUCACAUAGCGAGGACAGCCGGGUUGCAGUGAAGGCGUGUGAAGGCCUGAUGCUGUGUGCCAGCCUACCAGACCCAGUGGCUGCGCACUGCCUUGUCAACCGCACAGGCUUCUGUGAGGAUCUGACCUCCCGCCUCGUGGACACGUAUCGCAGGCUACCGGCGGAGAUUAACCCACUGGAUCUUGAACAUGUACAGGCUAAAUGGGGCCUGGAGGUCGUCACACGAAGUGAAGAUGAACAAACAUUCGCUGGGAAACGUCAGUUGGUCUCGUUCCUAUCGUGGCUCGACUACUGUGACCAACUUGCAUCGGUCGCCAACCCAAUUGUGUCUGAAGCUUUGGCCAGAAACAUUCAUCAGCAGUUUCUGGUUCCCCACUUCCAGGCAGACCUUCUACAGAUGUCAGAGAGUGGCUGUAUCACUGCAACUGCCUACAUGACCCGAUGUCUGCGUACUGUCUGCUCUCCAAGACUGCUCUCAGAGCUGGUGCUGUUUCUACUGGGGGACACCAGGAAGCCUGAAGCACCGGAUGACCCCGGGGACUCAUUGAGGGCCCGACUCAUACAACGCUGUUCUGGCCUGUCAGAGGAGAUUGCGCUGAUCACUUUACAACUGUUUGACACCCUACUACAAAAAGAUGAUGAGCACAUCCUCCACAAUCUUGUCUUGCGCAAUCUAGAACACAGACAGUACAUUGACCUCUUGGCAAAGAGAAAAUCUUAUGAACUCGAGUGCAAUACCGAUGCAUGUGUACAUCCUUCAUACAAUAACCCUUCAAAGACUGAUGGAGUUAACACAAAUACAGUAGAAGUUAAAGAUGGUAAAAUUAAUGUGGAAUCGAAUACUGUGAACCAAAUUUGCAAAGAGGAAAGUUCUAAAAAUGGCUCAGGAAUAACAAAAGACAAAAGGGAGGUUAUCAGUGAGUCUUUGCCAGAAAUCUCAGGUCGCCAAAGUGAUAAUGCUGAAAGUGAGAAAGAAUCUGACAGUUCAACAUCCAGUAAAGUAGAGUCGUGUGAGAUUGAGGCUAAGGAUCCAGAGGUGGUGAUCUCUGAAGGUUGUAAGGAUGCUGGUGACUCUGCUGAGGGCAAACACAAGCAAACCAGCAAAGGAGAAUCUAAAGAUGUGCAAUGUAAACCAGAUGAUAAUGGUGCCGGUUCAGAGACAGAAUUCUCCCCCAUGUCUACUCCUCAACAUUUACAGACAGAGGUACAUAAGGUUGUAAACUGUUUCCUGACGCUCCUACCGGAGGACCUGAAAUCCAGCAACCAAACAUCUGACAGUGGCUAUGACAUGUACCUCAAGGAUGCCCAUAAACAGUUCUCCAGCCUGGUAGAUGCAUGUAAGAGUGGGGGCUACGCGACUGCACAAUCAGGUAACAAGUCUGAGCCCGUCCCACAGUUCUAUGAAGGGGCCUUUCUGCGAAUGGUUCUAGACAGGCUCUCACAUCUGCUCGAUCAAAGCUACCCGAUCAAUCUCCAACUGACGUCAGUGGUAUCCAAGCUGGCUCUGGUUCCCCACCCUUGCCUACAUGAGUUUCUACUGGAACCAUACCUGCCACUGAGACAGGGAACCAGAAACCUUCACACAGUCUUCAAGAAGAUUGCCUCAGAGAUUCAGAGCCAAUUUUCUGUGGAGCGAGACCUUGGUGUGAAGUUGUACCGUGUAAGACGUAGGCUUAUGGGGCAGUCGUCCUCAAUGCACAGUGUGAGACAGGCAGCCACCAAGACAUUUGAAAGGGCGGGUGCGGAGAGUCGACUGGAGGCCAUCAUUGUGUUCGAGGAGUUCUGCAAGGAGCUGUCAGCCAUUGCCUUUGUGAAGCACCAUGCCGCCGUCACCGGAGAAAGCUAGCUGUGGAUUGUUUGGGCCCAUAUACACCAGCAAUAGGAACAGGAACUCUCAGCCAUUACCUUGUGAAGCACCAUGCGGCCGUCACCAUAGAUAGCUAGCUGUGGAAUGUAUGGGCCCAUAUACACCAGCAAUAGACAGGAGCUCUCAGCUAUUACCUUUGUGGAAAACCAUGCAUCUGUAACCAUAAAGGAUAGCUUGCGGAUAGGGCUGUCAACAAUAUGAUCGUUGCUCUGGGAAAAGAAGGAAUAUACAUUGUUUAAGAUUCCCUUAAGUGCUCCUCACUCAAAGAUCAGAAUACCAAAUUAUCAGUCUCCUGGAAAACUGUGCUUAAAGCAUGUGCAUAAAGUGUCGCCCCAGAUUAGCCUGUACAGUUUGCACAGGCUAAUCAGGGACAAUUCUUUCUGCCUAGAGUUGAUUUUCUUUUAGAAGAGACUUGCUUUAAACAAGAAAUUCCAUAAAAGUGGAAAGUUUUUUUUCAAACAUGUAUAAAGCACAGUUUCCCCAGAAAUGGCUUUUUGUAUUCUACUCUUUAGGCAGCACUGAAUUGAAUUACUUAAAAAAAAAAUAGACCAGACCCUAAUUUUUCAAAAAUUCUUAAAGUCUGUUAUAAGAAUAAAUGGCAUAAGUUGCUUACCGUUAUUUCUUAAUUUUGUAUUACUGUUUUGAAGUUGAUGGUGUCAUGCAAAGUAAUGGCUAUUUUGAUUACCAGUAAUUCACAUCUAAUUUUCAUUUAAAGCUUGUAAUAUUUUAACCAUGUGCAAUUAAAUUUUGUACACUUAAUUGUAAUUUGAACAAAUAGGACUUAAGCUCAUUGUGUUAAAGCAGUCUUAAGACUAUUUGUUAAGUUGGAGCCUGGUGUCUAAGGCUUGUUUUAUCAUUCACCAUUUUACUUUUAAAUAUUGUCAACAUAAAGUGAAAUCAUUGAUUAUUUGAAUAUUUGUGUAAAUAAAAUUCAUGGCAAAUGGAAAACACUUCAUAAAAACUAAAGUCUUAUUUGUGUGUGACCCAUUGGAUUUACAAGUACAUGAAUCUGUGUAUGAUACUUAGCAUAUCUGUGAGAUUUGGUAUGCAUUCGAUGAAAUUUAACAUCAUUUACAGCAACUAUAUAUAUUGUACCUAUUUUCAUUGGAUCUUAGUUUCCAAAAUAAAGCACUGCUGACUACUAGAUGGCCUAAACUAGUCUACACUUCUACACAUAACACACUCACCAUUUAUUGCUGUGAUAUACUGUAUUUCAAUCGGCUGUGGCAUAUGUGUAGGUAUUAAAUACAUGUACAUAUGUAGAAGUAUUAAUUGAGCGCAUUAUUGUUAUUAUUCUAGUUAUAAUCUUGUCUUCCAAAAAUGUCAUAUUUUGCAUAAUAUUUGUCCACUUAUGUAAGGAACCUUUUUGUGUCCACAAAUUGUAAUCCAAUUUCUAACUGUCUCAUUGAAAUUGUAAUCCAAUUACUAACUGUCUCAUUCAAUGCAAAAAAUCAUAUUUUUAUGUCCCCCACCACUAUAGUGGGGGACAUAUUGUUUUUGCCCUGUCUGUUGGUCUGUUUGUUUGCCCCAACUUUAACAUUUUGCCAUAACUUUUGCAAUAUUGAAGAUAGCAACUUCAUAUUUGGCAUGCAUGUGUAUCUCAUAGAGCUGCACAUUUUGAGUGGUGAAAGAUCAAGGACAAGGUCAUCCUUCAAGGUCAAAGGUCAACAAAAAAAUCAAAGCGGCGCAGAAGGGGACAUAGUGUUUCUGACAAACACAUUUCUUUUUAAUUAUGUAAUAGUGUUUCUGACAAACACAUUUCUUGUUAAUUAUGUAACUAUGCCAUGUUGUUUUGUGCUUUUAAUAUAUCAUUUAACAGACAAAACAAUCUGCUAAGAUUGCAAAUGGAUUGCCAAGACAGUAAUUGUUGUAAAAGUUCUCUCUGGAUUACCGUUUAUCCCUUGAUGUACCAUGUUUCCUGUAUAAAAAGGAACAUCCAUUUACAUGACACUUGAUAAAAUCUUAAUUAUUCAGUAUUAUAUUUUACUUUGUCUUUUGCAAGUGUUUUUAUUGUUUGUCCUUUGGAUAUAAUUAGUGUAAUCUUCCUAAUUAUUGUUUUGUGUGUACAUGUUAAGUACAAUUGUUAAAGUCAUAGUCCCGUUUAGAUUGUUUAUAGUCAGUUUUUAAAGGUGCCAUAUAUUAUAUUGUUUAGCUCACUAUCAUCAGUUAACCCUUUACCACUUAGAUACCUAUUUUGACGCAUUUGUGGUCCCUUAGAAAGUUACAUUUAAUUAUAGACCUUUGUUAAUAGUUUAAAAGGCUUCAAUUCCAAUCCUUAAUUACUGAUGAGCAGCAAACAGCAUAAAACCUGAACAGACUGCGAGUUACUCGCAGGCUGUUCUAGUUAUUUGCUGUUUGCACAUAGCCAUUUUCACUUUGCUUCUGAGAGGGACAUGGUUAAGUGAUGAAAUAUCUUUUGUUUUUUAUGAGAUGGUCUCUGAGAAAGCAAGGCUUAAUUCAUGUGUGCUGUGUCGUUCCAGAUUAGCCUGUGCAGUCUGCAAAGGCUAAUCAGAGGCGAUACUUUUUGCCUAGAUCAGGUUUUGCUAUAAUUGAGAUUUUUUUAAACAAAAACUUCCAUUAAGUGUCGUCCCUGCAAACUGCAUUGGUUCAUAUGAGACAACACUUAAUGCACAUAGUCCAGUUUUCCGGAGAUCCACUCACAUUUAUAUAUUAUGCAUUUAUAAUUCUCAUGGUUAAUACCGAUGACAAUUAUUUAUAUCAUUAUAUUAUAAUGUUAAUGUGUUGCCAUAUGAUAUUAUUAUUUUAAUGUGUUGCCGGAACUUGCCGUAUGACAUAUUAUAAUUUGAAGAUGAAUUUUAUACAACCUUGAUACAAACACAAUAAAGCUAGCCGUUUUGCACAUUUCUAUAUUUAGUAUUAUUAGAUGGUACAUAAUCUAUGUACAUUUUUAUCAUUCACAAAUAUCAGUAAUUUGAUUUGUUAAAACCUUGUUAACAAACAGAAAUAACAUGUCAAAAUAAUGCCAUUUCACUAGUUCACGAAUACUUGAUAUUCAUGUAUAUCAGGGCUUGUUCUUUUUAAUAGUGCAAUGUUACUUUUGUGCAAUUUUAAAAAGCAAAUUCAUGACUGCAGCUACAUUUAUCAAGAUGUGUCUCGAUGCUUUGCACAUUUUAUUGUUGUAAUUGUUUGUUGGAUUUUCGCAGUCUUCAGCAGUGUUUCAGUUGUAUCACGUUGAUCAUAUAGCCACCUCACUCAAGUUAAAUGGUUUACCAGUACCAAAAUGCCAGUGACUGACAACUACCCUGAUUUUUACUGACAACUGCCAUACCAGUUCCUGACAACUGCCUCAUUAUUUUCUGACAACUGCUGUACUGAUUUGUGCUUCCAUGACAUUCUGUGCCAAAUUAAUGAAUCUGUUCUUUUUAUUUUUCAUGUUAGUUCAUACAUUGUGUAGUUUAUUUACAUGUUGAGAUAGAUUUUGUUUGAUGGAUUGUUGAAUAAAGGUGCUUUUAAGUCAA